CCGAAUUUCUAGCAGUAACUCGCGGAUCUGUAGUGCAACAUGAUAACAGUCGUCCGCUUGUGAAACUUGGUUUAGUCUUCGCCCUUUACCUAGUAAAAACGGUAUGUUCCGCUGCCGUGUUCAGCCAAGAUUUCGCCUUCACAAACAUCAGAAGAUCAAGAAUAGGUGCAUGAUCAUAUAUUCUGUUGCACAAAUGACCAUUUGGAGGAAAUUAUUUGGCAAGUACCUGCUGGUCACAAACACGGUCAGUUGCGGCUUGAUGAUGGCAGCAGCAGACAUGAUCCAACAACGCAGUGAACACUGGAAGAAAAAUAAUGGUCUACCAGGGGGAAGUCGUGUAUUGGCUGCAUCGUUAGAGGACCAAGAACGAAAGUUGAACGCUUCUAGCUCAGACAUAUAUAUGCACGAUUAUAUUAGGACUAAAAACAUGACGACCGUGGGUCUGGUUCAAGGUCCCUUUCAUCAUUGGUUCUACUUGGUGUUGGACAAAGUUAUACCUGGUAGAACCGCAUUAUCAGUCGUUAAAAAGACGUGUCUCGAUCAGACGAUUGCUAGCCCUACCUGUUUGGGCAUAUUUUUCAUUGGUCUUGGUGUAUUGGAGCAUCACAAGAUCGAGGAGAUCUACGAGGAGUUGAAAGUAAAAUUGUACGACACGUGGAAAGUGGAUUGCUGUUUCUGGCCUCCAACACAGUGUGUCAAUUUCAUUUUUGUACCCUUUCGGUACCGAGUUUUAUAUACAAAUUUUAUGACAAUGAUCUAUGACAUUUUCCUGUCGUACAUGAAAUAUGACCAUCAGUAUGAUUAA